CGACGACGUGCGAUGCGUUACUUUCUUCCCACUUUUACAAUCGAGAAACGUUUUUUCUAUAACCCCAAGCACAAGUGAUUACGACCCCACGUGGUCGCCAUAGUACCGAAAUGCCAAUCUGAUGGAAGUCUUUUCAUUAUGCGGAUACGGCCCCCUUUAAAUAUUCCCAUGCUGGGUGGAAUUUGCUGGCGGUCCGGAACCAGCUAGCUAACCUUAAUCGCUUACUCUUUCUUUCCUUCCCUUCGCAUCCUUGUUCGCUUUGAAGCAGGCUUGCCUGUCGUUUUCAACACUCUGCAAGCAGAGUCUCGACAUUACUGCAUGAUUCUCCUCUUCAAGCUUCUUUUCGUUCCCUUGCUCCUUCCUUUCGUUUCAUCAUUUCAACUGACUGCAAACAGUAAAGUCACUGUUGGGGUAGCCGCUCAAGUCCAGUGGAUACGACAUGAUAACGAUCCUUCCUCUUUCAGCUUGCUGUUGAGGAGAGACGACCAAGAUCGUGGAGGGACGUUGAUUAGAACGAUACUGUCGACGGGAGACUCUCAGGGAACAGAGACAUUCACCGCCGUUGAACAAACCAACUUCCUGAUUCAGAUUAUCUCGGAUUUGCAACCUUUACGGGAUGAUCAGCAACCACAGCGAAUCCUUGCAAGCAGCAAUAAAAUCAGUGCAGUGCAAGAUUCCAAUCCUCCACAGCCCGCAUCUCAGACGACCUCAUCUUCAUCAUCGACAUCUUCCAGAACUACAGCUCAAACGACAGCCACCCCGACACUUAUUGCAACGGAUCGUGGAGGUAGCAAUGGAGACAGAACAGGGACGACCGAAUCUACUACUUCUGGCGGGGGUGGAAUUAGGGCGGAGACAACCUCCAGUUCAGUUCCGUCUUCAACUGUAACCUUUGGUGGCGUAGCGGCUAAUCAAACCCAAGCAGCGCAAACCCCGGAGCCCAAGGCUGCAGGUUUGAAAACACCUUUGACAUCUGUAGGGAUCUCUCCCACUGACUCAAGCACAUCCUCUGCUCCAUCAGCGACCUCUACCGGACAGCCACCUUUGUCAGGUGCAUCCUCCAAUAAAGCAAAUGUCGGUGUCAUCGUUGGAAGUGUCCUCGCCGGUCUCAUCUUCCUUUUCCUCGUCAUCUUCCUUCUCUUCAUAUACAACCGCCGUAAACGCCGCCGACAAACUCUCGAAUACGCCUUCCGUCGAGACUUGAUGGUUGGCCAGUCAGCCUCCAAAGGCACCAUCUCCUUCCACUCCGUUUCACCCUCAGCGUUCAAUACCCCCGGUCCUUCAGCCCACGCCCCAAAGAUGUCCGAGGUAUCGAGCGGAGGAUAUACGACGUACCAAAAGUACUGGGAAAAUCAGCCCAUUUCGGAUAACAAUAGGAAGAUCCAAAACGAAGAUGCGAAUAACCCCCCCGUACAUGGGUCCAUCCCAUCUACAUCUACAUCUACAUUCACAUACACGUCGUCUUUGUCUUCCUCCCCAUCGGUGUUCUACACCGCUGUUCCUAAACCUGUUCAACAGGGUCAACAACAGCCAGAGUUAGCACCGGGUUUUACCUUCCCUGUGCGAGAUAUGAAUUCGAGCUCGGCGGAUACGCCGACCCCAACUGUAACCACUGCGUCUGCGUCCGCUUCUGCUUCUGCUUCUGCUUCUGCUUCUGCUUCUGCUUCUGCUUCUGCUUCUGCUUUUGCAGCUACGCCGACGAAAACGGAUAGGCAGAUUGCGAUUCAGAACAAGAUGAAUCAGCUUCGGACGCAGUUGGUUGUGCUUCAGUCGAGGAACGCUCGGGGGAGUGGUUUUACGGAAGACUCGAAGUCUCCCACUGAGGAAGGAGCGAGCGAGAGAGAGGAGAUUGGGAGGAUUAGGGAGGAGUUGGAGAGGUUGGGGGAGAUUAUGAAUUCUGGCUGGGCGAUGAGGAGGACUGAGAGUGGGGGGGAUGUGCCGGCUGGACUGAAGAUGUGAAGUUUCUUUUUUUUUGCAUCUGCUUUUUUCGAGUUGUCUCUCCCCCUCUCGCUUUUCUUUGAUCUCCCGCAUGAAUGGUUGUUGGUUUUUUUUUCUCUCUAUUCGAAAUGAAACUUUCUACCAAAAUCGUUGUGUUUUUACCCUGCUUCCCAAAUUCCUGCUCUCGUGUAUCGAAUGUAUUUGUUAUCCCCCCCAUUCCUAUCUUGCGUUACCUUCUUUUUGUUUGUUGUUCACUAUCACCCUUCAACGUUCAACGUAAACCAUCGCACAAUUUCGAUUGUAUGAUACAAUUUACCCCUGAAAUCCGAAACAGAUCAGGUACUUCUUCCGUUCGAUAAAUAGUGCCUGUCUAUACUUCAAUAAAUGCAAAUUACAAUGUUUUUCGUCUACUUGCGCAUUCAAUUCGUGCAUGAUACGGAAAACAUUUUAUGCGCGCAGGG